CAGUCACCACCAGUCCAUGCCAUCUUCAAACGCCAAGAGCUGAUAGGCAGAGGCGCCUAUGGAGCUGUCUAUCGAGGCAUCCAUCUGUCGACCGGGUCUGCUGUUGCUUUGAAAGUCGUCAACCUAGACACUCCGGAAGAUGACGUCAGUGACAUUCAGAGAGAAGUCGCGCUCUUGUCGCAGCUCAAAGAGACCGAUAGCAAGAAUGUCAUCAAGUAUUGGGGCUGCUGGCUCAAGGGUCCCGAGCUUUGGAUUGUCAUGGACCUUGCGGAAGGAGGCUCCGUGCGCACUGUGAUGAAAGCUGGCCAUGUGGCAGAAAAAUAUUGCGGAGUGAUUAUGCGCGAGUCACUGGUCGCACUUGCUUAUCUGCACAAAGCUGGUAUCAUCCACCGCGACAUCAAAGCUGCAAAUAUCUUGCUCACCGACUCCGGCCGGGUCAUGCUUUGCGAUUUUGGCGUGGCGGCCACGCUUGUCUCGAGCAGCGUCCACAGCAAGAGAAGCACGUUUGUGGGCACACCGUAUUGGAUGGCACCGGAGGUCAUCACAGAGGGCAAGACGUACGAUCAGAGCGCUGACAUCUGGAGCUUGGGCAUCACGCUCUACGAAAUGGCUUGCGGCAACCCUCCUCAUGCCGACCAAGAGCAAAUGCGAGCCAUCAUGCUCAUACCAAAGUCGAAGCCUCCUCGAUUCCCGAGCGAUGGCCAAUUUUCCCAACUUAUGCGGGACUUCCUGGCUGCUUGUCUGAACGAGGAACCCAAGGAGCGCCCCAAUGCGGAUGAGCUGGCCAAGGCCAAGUGGAUCAAGAGCUUCGCAAAGACGUCGACUGCUACGAUCAAGGACUUGAUUGCCAACUACAACGCGUGGACCAAGACUGGUGGAAUGCGCAUGAGUCUAUUAGGCGCGGAGACAGCGGACUUGAGCGAUCACGGGUGA